AUGAUAAUUCAUUUACGGACUCAUACUGGAGAGAAACCUUUUGAAUGUUCUUACUGCAAAAAGAAAUUUAACCAGAAACAGAAUUUGAUAAUUCAUUCACAGAUUCACACUGAAGAAAAACCUUUUGAAUGCUCUUACUGUAAAAAGAAAUUUAACCAGAAACAUCAUAUGAUAGAUCAUUCACGGACUCAUACUGGAGAGAAGCCUUUUGAAUGUUCUUACUGCAAAAAGAAAUUUUCCCGGAAGCAUCAAAUGAUAAUUCAUUUACGGACUCAUACUGGAGAGAAACCUUUUGAAUGCUCUUACUGCAAAAAGAAAUUUGCUUCAAAUAGAUGUUUAACACUUCACAUAAGAAGUCACACUGGAUUGAUUCCUUUUGAAUGCUCUUACUGCAAAAAGAAUUUUACCCGGAAACUAGACAUGAUAAUUCAUUCACGGGUUCAUACUGGAGAGAAACCUUUUGAAUGUUCUUACUGCAAAAAGAAAUUUACCCGGAAACAACAUAUGAUAAAUCAUUUACGGACUCAUACUGGAGAGAAACCUUUUGAAUGUUCUUACUGCAAAAAGAAAUUUACCCAGAAACAAAAUAUGAUACGUCAUUCACWGACUCAUACUGGAGAGAAACCUUUUGAAUGCUAAAAUAGAUGUUGAUAUUUGAAUGUUUUAAAUAGAUGUUUAACACAUCACCCGAGAACUCACACUGGAUUGAGGMCAUGUUAAUURAAGACWUUUUUUGUUUUGUUUUGUUUGUAAAUGUUUUUGUGAAAACAUGUUAAUGAUGGUUGUCAUUCACUUGUAUUGCACUCAAAGUUUUUAGCAAGAAAAUAGUUUUAAUUCACAUACAGUAAACAACAAUCUCCUGCAUAAAAAAUGAGGCACCAUGAAUUAUUACAUUAUCUUUUCCCUUCUCUCCUGUUCAAUGUUGAUUUGGGGACUGCAAUCAGAUGAAUAUACCCCAAAAACAACAGAACUCUCCCACCAACAUUGUACAGGGGAACAGGGUCAUAGGUGACUUGUUUUUUUUUUAUGAAGAAGAAGAUUGUAGUUGGUUACCACACUUAUAUAAUACUGAGUAUUUACCAGAUUUUGCUGUUGUUGUUUUUGAUUUCGAUUUUUAUUGAAGUAGACUUGAAGGAAACGAAAUACAUUUCUCAACUUUUAUCCAUGUUUUUUCCUUGACUUAAAGCAUUUUAUUUGUACAUAGUUGUGGUUCUCAGUCCUGUUUUUCUCUCCUCAUGUUUUUUUAUCUUUUCAUUAACCUAUUCACACUCGUCUAGAUUACUAGGUGGAUACAACUAUCCUUAGUUCAUCAGCCAAAUUGGAAAAUGUUUGAAAARCAUUUCUUAAUUCAUCAGUAAAUGUCUGAGAGAAAUCUUUUCCGACCUUGCUGGGGGAUGGAGAAAUGAGGCAAAAAAUCCAAAACAUUUAUUAUUAAACUUUAUUUAUUUUUAUUAAAAUUUGUUUAUUUAUUGUUCGUAAAUAAAGAG